AUGGCCAGAGGCCUCCCUGGCCCCAAAUCACCCUCAGGGCGGCCUAGCUCUGUCCUGGCCUCUGCCUGCGGCUCCUCACAGAGGGCCGCCCUGCAACCCGCUGCAGAAAUUCCUAGUUCUAGACGUGCCAAAACUUUUGGAAGGUCCCCAUCAAGAAAACAGAACUACUCUUCUAAAAAUGAAAACUCUGUGGAAGAAAGUUUUGAGGAUCUGCUCUUGAAAUAUAAGCAAAUACAGCUUGAGCUUGAAUACAUUAAUAAAGAUGAAAGACUGGCUCUGAGCAACAGGGAAGAAACGGAGCAACAAGAUGAUGAUAAAACAGUGGACACUGAGGACCAAAUAACUGUAGAAAAUGACAGUAUUACAACGGAUGCUAUAAAAGAAGUAUCUCCUGAGGAGAAAAAUCAGGUUAUAGCCUUUCAGGCAUUUGAACUGAAACCUCUCAGACAAAAACUGUCUACUCCAGCUGAGAGGAGCAGAUUGAAAAAAGUCAAAGAAGGAAUAAAGCAGUCAUCACAAAAAUCUGAAGUCACAGAAUCCAGCCAAGGUGCAGAAGACAAAGAACAAACAUUAGCGCGAAAGCUUAGUACUUCAGAUGUUACAUCUGAAAAGAAGCUGCUUGAUGAUGAGGAGGAGAUGUCUGAAUUGCAGCUUAGGCUCCUCGCCCUCCAGUCUGCUAGUAAAAAAUGGCAGCAGAAAGAACAACAGGUGAUGAAGGAAAGCAAGGAAAAAUUAACAAAAACAAAAACUGUAACACCAAAAGCCAAAGCCAGUACAAAAGCACACUCAACAAAGAAAACUAGUGCUACAGCCAAGCAAGCUUUGAGGAAACAACCGACAAAGACAUCGAAGAAGAUGCAGCAGCAAAAGGAACAAGACAGGCGUCAGAAAGAGGAAGACCAGAGGAAGCAAGAAGAGGAGGAGGAGAGAAGAAAAAGAGAAGAAGAGAUCAGAAAAAUUAGGGACCUCUCAAAUCAAGAAGAGCAGUACAAUCGGUUCAUGAAGCUAGUUGGAGGAAAGAGGAGAUCGAGAAGCAGGUCUUCAGAUACGGACUUGAGAUGGUCUUUAGAUAAGCAAUCUACGGAUAGUGCAGGAGGGAUAUAUCAGUAUGAUAAUUAUGACGAAGUUGCUAUGGAUACAGAUAGCGAAACUAACUCUCCAGCUUCUUCUCCAGUACAGCCUCCUUUCUUUGAGUGUCCAAUAGGAUAUUUUCCACCUCCAGUACCACCAAUUUCCUUGCCACUGCCACCUCCAAUUCCACCUGUACCAUCUUUGAGCCAGCUUUAUGCAGAGGGUAUUUCUUGCGUUUCUCUUGAGCCACCUCCACCUCUCCCACCUCUUCCACCUGAAGAGCCUGAGCAGCCACCAAAACCUCCAUUUGCAGAUGAGGAAGAAGAAGAGGAAAUGCUAUUAAGAGAAGAGUUACUGAAGUCUCUAGCCAACAAACGAGCUUUCAGAUCUGAGGAAACUUCAAGUAACAGUGGUCCACCUUCACCCCCUGUUGCAGAUAACUUGCAAUCUGUGCCAAGAAGCAAUCUGUCCGCAGUCAGUAUUAAUACUGUGUCUCAGCCACGGGUACAAAAUACAAAGUUUGUCAGAGUACCAAGGCCUCCCCGAGCAGUGAUCACACUUCCAAAGCACAAGUCUGUUGUGGUUACAUUAAAUGAUUCAGAUGAUAGCGAGUCUGAUGGAGAGCCCUCUAACUCAACUAAUAGUGUAUUUGGAGGACUAGAAUCUAUGAUAAAAGAAGCAAGGAGAAAUGUUGAGGCAUCAAAAAUCAAAGCUGCUCCAAAAUCAGAAAAAGAAAACGAUCCAAUGAGAACUCCAGAGGCUUUACCAGAAGAUAAGAAGAUAGAAUAUAGACUCUUAAAAGAGGAGAUUGCCAGUCGUGAGAAGCAGCGUUUAAUUAAAACUGAUCCACUGAGGAACAGUACAUCCCCUGCAAAUUCCGAUGGUGAAGUUGAUGGAAUUGGUAGAAUAGCGGUAGUGACAAAACAAGUUACAGAAGCAGAAGCAAAGCUUAAGAAAAACAAACUCCUCCUGAUGAAAGAUGAAUCUGUGUUGAAACAUUUGUUGCAACAAGAGGCAAAGAAGAGAGAGAAUGUUCGAAUUGCUGAAAAUAAGAUUAACAAGCUGGCUGAACAGCUACAAGCAACAGAGAAGAUCCUGAACGCUAACAAGAUGUUUCUUAAGAAGCUUCAGGAACAAAUUCAUAAAGUUCAACAACGAGUUACAGUAAAAAAAGCUCUGGCCUUAAAAUAUGGGGAAGAACUUGCUCGAGCAAAAGCAGUAGCAAGUAAAGAAAUCGGGAAACGAAAACUGGAGCAGGAUCAUCUUGGACCAAGCAAAAUGUUGAAAUUGGAGAAUUCCCCUGCAUCAAGUCCAAAGAAGCAUUCAGCAGAAUUGAUUGCACUAGAGAAGAAACGACUGCAGCAACUGGAGUAUGAAUACGCUCUGAAGAUUCAGAAGUUGAAAGAGGCCCGUGCACUUCAAACCAAGGAGCAAUUAAACUUUGCCCCUCCUGCAGAAGAGGAAUCUGAAUUUACAUUACCUCAGCCAUCGCUUCAUGAUCUUACGCAGGACAAAUUGUCUUUGGACAGUGAAGAAAAUUACUUUGAUGAUGAAGUCUUAUCUAAUUCAAACCGAGAACGAAGGAGAUCUUUCAGAGAGUCUAAUUCGUUUACUAAACCAAAUCUAAAACACAUGGACACCCCAAAACAAGAAACUAUAAACAAACUUUCUAAAAAGGCAGCAGAGGAGCCUGAGCUUUUCCUUGGGUUGAAUAUUGAGGAAUUGAAAAAACUUCAUGCUAAAGCUGACAGCUUGAAAGAGCUGCUAAUGAAAAGUACUGCCUUUGUAACACCUAAGGAAGACCUGUUGUGUGGUCAGGAAAUUUCAGUGGAUAUGGAUUUUGUGCCAUCUCAAAAUAAACAAACUGAAGCGAAACCAUUUCCGUUUGGACCAUAUCAUAGUCCCCUUCUAGUAUUCAAAUCCUACAGGUUUAGUCCAUAUUUUCGAACCAAGGAAAAACUAUACCUCAGUUCUGUAACCCAUAGCAAUAUGAUAGAGCCAAAACAGUGUUUCUGCCGUUUUGAUUUAACAGGCACAUGUAAUGAUGAUGACUGUCAGUGGCAGCACGUGAAAGAUUGCACUCUUAGCCGAAAGCAGCUAUUUCAAGAUAUUCUGUCUUACAAUUUAGAACUGAUUGGUUGUUCAGAAAAAAGCACUGAUGAUGAAAUCAGCACUGCGACAGAAAAAUAUGUUGAAAAACUUUUUGGUAUAAACAGAGAUCGAAUGUCAGUGGAUCAGAUGGCUGUUCUUCUGGCUAGCAAUGUCAAUGAGAGUAAAGGUCAUACACCUCCGUUUACCACAUGGAAAGAUAAGAGAAAAUGGAGACCAAAGUACUGGAGAAAACCUCCAUUAGAUAGUAGCAGCAGUGAGGAGGAACAGUUCCUUGGACCUAUUAAAUAUGCUCACCCCACAGAACAUAAAGCAAAGGUUCCAGCUCUCGAUGCUGUCGUGACUCCAGAUGAUGUCCGAUAUUUUACAAGCGAGACUGAUGACAUUUCCAACUUGGAGGCAAGCGUUCAAGAAAACCCCUGUGAUGUACAACUUUGGAUUAAGCUUGCAUACAAAUACUUGAAUCAAAAUGAAGGAUUCGUUACAAGAACAGCUCUGCCAUACGGCUCUGUCAAUGUAGAAAUUGUCCAGUUGAGCACCCUUGAGAACAACAAAGAAAAUCCUGAGAUUUGGUGUCAUUACCUCAGACUCUUUUCAAAAAGAGGAACCAAGGAAGAGAUGCAGGAAAUGUGUGAAACAGCAGUAGAAUAUGCACCUUCUUAUCAAAUCUGGUGGACAUUUUUGAAUUUGGAGAAUUCCUUUGAUGGAAAAGACUAUGUAUGUGGGAGGAUGCUACAGUUCCUCACGGAAGGAGCAGGGGGAGAAGAAAAUCCUGAUCUCUUGUCCUUUCAGCUGCUGGAGACUCUUCUGUACAGAGUUCACUUAAGCCUCUUCACAGGAAGAUAUCAGAACGCUCUUGCUGUGUUGCAGAAUGCUUUAAAAUCAGCAAAUGAGAAGAUAUUAUCAGAACGCCUUACUGUAAGUGACCGCUGCUUGGCUUGGCUGGCUUACAUACAUCUAAUCGAAUUCGGUGUUCUCCCAGUCAAGUUCUAUGAUCCAGCUAAUGCCAGGCCUUCAAGGAUAAUGAACAAAGAGCCGUUUCUAAUACCGUGGCAAACAAUUCAAGAUGUGAAGACUGAUCCUGAUACGUUGUUGGCUAUGUUUGAAGAUGCAGUCAAAACAUGUACUGAUGAAAGCCUUAACGCUGACAGAAGAAUAGCUAUCUGCUUACCUCUCUACAGAAAUAUGAUAGCUUUGUUGAAGCUUCUUGAAAGGUGGGAGUCUGCUAUAGAACUUUGUAGAUCCUUGUUGGAACUCUGCCCUAACAACUCUCAGCUCUUGGAGAGUUUAGCCACCUUGUAUUUGCAAAUAGAGCAGAGUGAUAGCGCCUACAACGUGUGGAUUGCAGCGUUUGAGAAGAAUCCUCAGAAUGCAGAAAUUUUUUACCAGAUGUGUAAAUUCCUCAUCUCACAGGGAAGAUCAGACAAUAUUCUUUCACUGUUGCAAGAUUUUGUGGCAGCUUUCUUUGAGAAUGCAUGUCAAGAACACAGUCCUAUGGAUCUCUUAAGGUAUCUCUUGAAUUUUCCAAUGCCGAUUGAGUUUACAUCACCCCUCUAUAAAGAACAUCUCACAGAUGACAUUGUAAAUCAGCAAAUCCCUUAUCUGUGGCAGAUCUACUGUUUGUGCCAGUCUCUUCAUGCAACUGUUGGUGAAGCGCUGGAUGCUUUUGAAGCAGCUCUGGGGGCAGUGAUGCAGCAGGAAACAGUUCAGAACAUUUGGCUGGAUUACCUUGUUUUUAUCAAUAGUAAAGUUGUUGGAUCCAACAGCAAAGUUCAAGAAUUCAAGCUUUUUACUGACCUAGUGAACAGAUGCUUGGUUACAGUCCCCACACGAUACUCAAUUCCUUUUAGUACUGCUGAUUAUUGGACCAAUUAUGAGUUUCAUAAUAAGGUAAUUCUUUUUUAUUUGAGCUGCAUUCCAAAGUCCCAACAUUCCAAAACCUUGGAACGGUUUUGUUCUACUAUGCCUACUAAUCCUGGACUUGCACUGAGACUGCUUCUGCGAUACUGGGAGGAGAGCAAUGUUCAAAUUCUGAAACUGCAAGCCAAGAUGUUUACAUAUAAUAUCCCAACAUGCCUGGCCAUCUGGAAAAUAGCCAUUGCUGCCGAAUGCUUUCUAAUGGGACAAAGAGAAGUCCAUCAUUUAUAUCAGAGAGCCCUUCAGAAGUUACCUCUAUGUGCAACACUGUGGAAAGAUCAACUCUUGUUUGAAGCAUCAGGAGGAGGUAAAACUGAUAACCUGAGAAAACUAGUUUCCAAGUGCCAAGAGGUUGGAGUCAGCCUAGAUGAGCUUUUAAAUUUAAACACUUACAGAACAGAAAGCAAGAAUCACUGAACACUGAGUAUGGUCAGCCCUAAGUCCUAUUAAAUGCCAAAAUCAAUUGAAUGAUUCUUCAGGCUGAUCCAUGCCUAAGAUCUGUGUAAGGCAGAUGAGUAUUGCUGAGCAUAUCAAGUCUCCAAUCUGCUUUCCUUGAACCUGGAAACAAUUAACAUGACCCUCCUCUCUGGAUAAAUGAACUCCCUGUCUGGCCUUGCUUCUGGGCCCUGCCAGAUUCUCAUAACAUCAUGUACGUAAGUAUAGUUAAUCAAAAUGACAGACUUUUUUUUUUUUAUGUUUUCCUUUUAUUUUCUGUUUUCUUUGUUUUGCUGUUCCUGAUUCACUUGACACUCUCACUGAUGCCUGAGAGAUCUGUGUUUGGGAUUAAUUUACUGGGCUGUGUUUACAGUAAAAAAGCAAGUAGUCCACUUUGGGUUUUUCCUUUUUUUUUAAACCUUUUUUGAGACUUUUUCAUUACAGGAUUUAAAACAAAAGCAGCCGCUCUUUAAGGAAAGUGUAACUGCCGUGGCCACAAGUAUGCUUCUUGCACUUGAAGGCUCUAAGAGGGUUGCUUACUGCCCUUUUCUGCAUUGGACUCACGGCAGAGACUAUUAAACUUGAAGAUUAAAGAAACUAUUGCAAAUGCCAGUGCAUCAGAACCUAAGAGUGGUCAAUUAUGUGCAAUUUUUUUGUAAAGAAAUUUUAAUUUAUAAUAAAGUUUAACAGUUUAAAGAACA